CAUCUCUCCGUCGCAAUUUGAAACACAGCUUGAACGUCAUCCAUGUUUUUUCAAAUCCCUUUCCCUCUACCUCGCUUCCUCUCUCCUUCCGCUGCCGUUUUCUGAAAAUCCUAAGCCCCUCGCUUUCUCUCUUCAUUCUCCAGCAAUCACGGGAUGACAACUCCCCAGCCGCCUCCUCCUCCGUCUCCGAUGCACGGCUGCGAGCUCUCCAACCCACCGAAGGACGGGAUCUCGAACCUUCGGUUCUCCAACCACAGUGAUCACCUGCUCGUCUCUUCAUGGGAUAAGACUGUGAGAUUGUACGACGCCAGUGCAAACUCGUUGCGAGGAGAGUUCAUCCACGGUGGUCCUGUGCUCGAUUGCUGCUUCCAUGACGAUUCAUCUGGAUUUAGUGCCAGCUCUGAUAAUACUGUCAGGCGGCUAGUUUUCAGCUAUGGGAAGGAGGAUAUUUUAGGUAGACAUGAUGCGCCUGUUCGAUGUGUAGAGUACUCCUAUGCGGCAGGGCAAGUGAUCACAGGGAGUUGGGACAAAACAUUGAAAUGCUGGGAUCCUAGGGGUGCAAGUGGGCAGGAGCGUACACUUGUUGGCACAUAUCCACAACCUGAGCGUGUUUACUCAUUAUCUCUUGUUGGAAACCGUCUAGUAGUGGCAACUGCUGGAAGACAUGUAAAUGUUUAUGAUUUGAGAAAUAUGUCUCAACCUGAGCAACGGAGGGAAUCUUCAUUGAAAUAUCAAACUAGAUGUGUGAGAUGUUAUCCAAAUGGAACAGGUUAUGCUCUUAGUUCAGUUGAGGGGCGUGUUGCAAUGGAGUUCUUUGAUCUUUCAGAGGCUAGUCAAGCCAAAAAGUAUGCUUUUAAGUGUCAUCGCAAAUCAGAGGCUGGAAGGGACAUUGUAUAUCCAGUGAAUGCCAUUGCAUUCCAUCCUGUCUAUGGUACUUUUGCAACCGGUGGUUGUGAUGGUUUUGUGAAUGUGUGGGAUGGUAACAACAAGAAGAGGCUGUAUCAGUACUCAAAGUACCCAACAAGCAUUGCUGCGCUAUCAUUUAGCAGAGAUGGACGGCUGUUGGCUGUGGCAUCGAGUUAUACAUUUGAAGAGGGAGAUAAGUCGCACGAACCAGAUGCAAUAUUUGUACGUAGUGUAAAUGAAAUUGAAGUUAAGCCAAAGCCUAAGGUGUAUCCUAAUCCUCCAGCAUAACUGCUCUACAGGUCUUUAUAAUACCAUAGACUGAUUUUUCAAAUGUAAUAUGUCUGUGAGGCUUUAUGAAAUGAAGGUUGGCAAACUUGAUCUGGACCACUCAUUUAUCUUCUCAUGCCUAUUGCUUCAUGUCUCGUGAACUACCGAACUUUAUAAUUUGCAGCCAUUUAUUUUUCCACGUUUUCUCGUGAGCUAACUUUUUCUCAGGACGAAAACAACUGUAAUAAGUUUAUGGGCAAUUU